AUGGAAACAAAGCUAAUCUGCAAGACAUGGAAAAGGAGAUCAGAUACCUGCGAGAUGAAGGGCGAUAUAAGAAUUCAUGGGAAUUCUUCAACUAUUUUCGUUUCUACAAAAAAUGUCACAAAUGCUUUGGUGACAAUAAAACCUUAUGCACGCAAAGGCGAUGCAAGUGCAAUGGAACAUAUUACAAAUUUCACCAUCAAGUCGGUCAAAGAACAAACCGAAGCAAUGCCUAAAUGCACCGAAAAACAUGAUGUACCAGCUAUCGUUUUUUCGGUUGGUGGUUAUAGCGGAAACAACUUUCAUGCCUUUUCAGAUAUCAUCAUCCCUCUCUAUGCAACUUCUCGGAAAUUCAAUGGAGAAGUGAAGUUUCUCACGACGAAUAGAAAUUCUCGAUGGACUAGCAAGUUUCAAAAUAUAUUAGAUAAGUUAUCAAGGUAUGAAAUCAUUGAUAUUGAUGUUGAAAAUAAGGUACAUUGCUUUCCAAGUAUGAUAGUAGGUCUAAUAAAGGACGACCGAAAAGAGCUAAACACAGAUGCAAUGAAAAAUUUCUCAAAUUUCUUGAGAAGUACCUACUCGCUGGAUCGUUCAAAAGCCAUAAAGUUAACCAGUGGCACGACUAAAAUGCCCCGACUCUUGAUAGUUUCAAGGAAAAGAUCAAGAAGUUUUACAAAUGUGAAAGAUAUGGUUGGUGUAGCAAGAGAUAUAGGAUUUGAGGUGAUUGUGACCGAGAUGAAUUCGAACUUGACUCAAACAUCGAAGCUCGUAAACUCAUGUGAUGUGAUGAUAGGAGUUCAUGGUGCAGGGUUAACAAACAUGGUUUUCUUGCCUGAAAAUGGUGUGUUUAUACAAGUGGUUCCAUUGGGAAAGAUGGAAUGGAUGGCAAACACUUUUUAUGGAGAGCCUUCAAAGGGAAUGGGAUUGAAGUACUUGGAAUAUAAGAUUAAUGAAGAGGAAAGCAGUUUAAUAAAACAAUAUCCAUCUAAUCAUCAAGUCUUCAUGGAUCCAUAUUCAAUUCAAAAGAAAGGUUGGGAAGCUUAUAGAUCAAUAUAUAUGGAUAAACAAAAUGUAAAGCUUGAUGUUUCUAGGUUUCUAGAGACAUUGUUCAAAGCCCUUGAACUACUUCAAUAGUAAA